GAGUGUGUUAGACAGAGUCAGAAUGAGAAAGGAGCCGGCUUUGUGAAAACGCCUCAAUACUUCAGGAAAACUUUUUUAUUUAGUAGUUUGACAGAUGCUGUGCGGCAAAACAUGAAAACAAUCUUUGGAUAAUCCGUUUUUCACGUUGUUUUUGUGAUGCUGGGACUUUCAUCUUCCAAAAAACAAGGACUUAAGUUACUGACAAUCUUUGGGAUUUGAUUUAACUUUGUUCAUCUCAAGCAGUGGAUAUUUUUUAGGAGUGCAAUCAUUUUCUUUUUUCACACCUUUUCCUUUUUUUUCCUCCAUUUGCCACCAGUUGGUCUUUGGUUUGUUAGUUUUGUUGGUUAUUAUCAUCAUCACAGCUCCCAGGGUCAUGUAAGGAGCCGUUCCUCCGGCCCUGGAUCCCUCUCAUCACCUGUCGACAAGCCGAAGCAAAUCCCUUCGUUAAGCCGCACAGGUUUCAGCCAUGUUACGGUGCGUUCUUCAGCGAGCCAACAACCUGAGACACUCUGACCCUCUGGCUAGUGUCACGUUCAGAGGGUCUAAGAAGAAGACGAAGGUCAUCAAGAACAACCCCAACCCUGUUUGGAACGAGGGAUUUGAAUGGGACCUGAAGGGGAUCCCUCUGGACUCUGGAGCAGAGCUGCACUGUGUCGUCAAAGACCAUGAGAAGAUGGGGCGAAACAGGUUUCUUGGGGAAACCCGGCUGGCUCUCAGAGAUGUGCUCAACUCCCCCAACUUGGCCGCCACCUUCACCAUCUCCCUGCUGGACACCAAAAGAAACAACACAGGGGCCACACUGACCCUGCAGGUUUCCUACAUCCCUCCUCCAGGAGCGGCUCCAGUGUUUCAGCCUCCUCCUCAGCCUGAGCCUCUGCCCCAUAACAACCCCAGUGUGGAGCUGGACACUGUCACAAUGAUUUCUCUGGACACUCUGGGCGAGGAGGACACAGAGAGUAUGAUGAUGCUGGAGCCGACAGAGGACCAGGGUCCCGAUGACGGACGCUCCAUGGUCAUCGUCGGUCCUCAGGGGCCCACUGGCCACGAGUCCCCCGCCGCCCAGACACCUAAACGCUCGCCACCAACCUACAACACCCACGGAGGGCUGAGGAAGCGGAGGAGAGGAGCCAGCAGUCAGCCCAAACCGCUGCCCAAUAAACCACAGGACUUACAGGUUCGUGUGCGGGUCAUCGAGGGCCGACAGUUGCCGGGCAUCAACCUCAAGCCUGUUGUCAAGGUAACAGUAGCUGGACAGACCAGGAGGACCCGCAUCAGAAAGGGCAACAACCCGUUCUUUGAUGAGACGUUCUUCCUGAACUUCUUCGAGACUCCUUCAGAUUUGUUUGAUGAACCCAUCUUCAUCACUGUGUGUGACUCCCGCUCGCUCAGAACUGAUGCUGUGAUCGGAGAAUUCAAGUUGGAUGUGGGCACCGUCUACAAUGAGCACAGACACUGCUUUUUGAGAAAAUGGCUGCUGCUCUGUGACCCCGACGACCUCUCUGCUGGGGUCAAAGGUUACCUGAAAGUCAGCCUGAUGGUUUUGGCAGCUGGAGACGAGCCACCGGCUGAUAAACGUGAGUGUGUGGAGGACAAAGAGGAUAUAGAAGGAAACCUGCUGAGACCGGCUGGUCUGUCCCUGAGAGGAGCCAGUUUCUCCCUGAGGAUCUUCAGAGCUGAAGACCUGCCGCAAAUGGACGAUGCCUUCAUGGAUGGGAUGAGGCAGAUUCUUGGGUUCGACAGCAACAGGAAGAACCUGGUGGAUCCUCUAGUGGAAAUCCACUUCGCUGGCAAAACUGUUUGCACUAAGAUUCUGGAGAAGAACGCCAAUCCACAGUGGAACCAGAGUCUGACCAUGCCUGUCAGGUUUCCCUCCAUGUGUGAGAAGAUGAGGAUCAGAAUUCUGGACUGGGACAGAGCCAGUCACAAUGAUGUCAUCGGCACCACCCACCUCUGUAUGUCUAAGAUCUCUGCCCCCGGCGGAGAGAUAGAUGAUGACUUGACUCCAAGGAGCGCCCACUCUGGCAUGGAUGACAGUCUCGGUUUCCUGCCAACGUUUGGUCCUUGUUUUGUCAACCUGUACGGCAGCCCCAGAGAGUUCACCGCCUUCAACGAUCCGCACGAAGCGCUCAACCUCGGAAAAGGGGAGGGCGUGGCGUACCGAGGUCGAGUCUUACUGGAACUAACCACAAAACUGGUGGACAAGCCGGAGCAGAGGACUGAAGACAUACCAUCAGAUGACCUGCUGGUGGUGGAGAAGUUCCUCAGGAAGAGGAAAUUCUCUCUCUUUGUAGCGUUUUACUCUGCCACGCUCCUCCAGGACGUGGACGACGCCAUCCAGUUCGAGGUCAGCAUCGGGAACUACGGCAACAGGUUUGACUACACCUGCCUCCCUCUAGCCUCCACCACCCAGUACAGCAGGGCGGUGUUUGACGGUUGCCACUACUAUUACCUACCCUGGGGAAACGUGAAGCCGGUGGUGGUCCUGUCUUCAGAGUGGGAAGAUAUCAAACCGAGGAUCGAGGCUCUCAACAUGCUGCUGGCCGUCAUAGAGAGACUGGAGGAGAACCUGCAGCGGGUGCAGCUGGAGGUGAAGGCGGGCAGUGAUCUGGAGGAGGUGGAGCUCCGAGUGGUCGAGCUGUUGGAUCAGAUCAUCACAGACUGCAGUGAAGAGCUGCCCUCUCUGGACCAGUGGCAGUGCGCGACCCCUCUGGACCGCUCCCUGAGGCACAUUCGCACUCUCCACCUGCAGCAGAUUGUCGCGGCGGCCGAGGCUCUGAAGCACGGACCUGCCACUGAGUUAUCCACGGUGCUGGAGCAGGCUGAGGACUGGGCCAGCAGGCUGAGGACAAUGGCCGAGGAGCCUCAGAACAGCCUCCCAGACAUCGUGAUAUGGAUGCUGCAGGGUGACCGCCGGGUGGCGUACCACCGCAUCCCAGCACACACUGUCAUCUUCUCCCAGCAGCACUGUGGGAAACACUGCGGACAGCUGCAGACUGUCUUUCUAAAGAACCCACAGGGCAGCGGCGGAGAGGCCAAACUUCCUGGUCAGCUGAGGGUCAAAGUCUGGUUUGGAUUGGCUGCUGACGUCAAACACUUCAACCAAUACGCUGAAGGGAAACUGUCGGUCUUUGCUGAGACGUAUGAGAACCAGACCCGACUGGCCCUGGUGGGCAGCUGGGGAACUACAGGUCUGACCUAUCCAAAGUUCAGUGACGUCACUGGAAGAAUCAAACUGCCCAAAGAGAGCUUCAAACCCUCGCCUGGCUGGACCUGGGCUGGAGACUGGUACAUCAGUCCCGAGAAGACACUGCUGUUUGACGUGGACGCUGGUCACAUGACCUUCACAGAGGAAGUGUUUGAGAACCAGAUGAGGUUACCGGGCGGACAGUGGAUUGGUAUGCCGGAGGGUUACACUGACGUGAAUGGAGAGAAGGCUGUGCCAAAGGACGAGGUGGAGUGUCCUCCAGGGUGGGCGUGGGAGGAGGUGGAGUGGAGCGAAGAUCUCAACAGAGCUGUGGAUGAUCAAGGAUGGGAGUACGGCAUCACCAUCCCUCCGGACCGCCGUCCCAAGUCGUGGGUGCCGGCAGAGAAGAUGUACCACACCAACCGAAGGCGACGAUGGAUACGAAUGAGACGACGAGACCAGCAGAAGAUGGACGCCCUCAGAAAGCAACGUCCGGAUGAGACGGAGCGGGAGGGCUGGGAGUAUGCGUCGCUCUUCGGCUGGAGGUUCCACCUGAAGCCCAGGAAGACGGACAGCUUCAGGAGACGCAGGUGGAGGUGCCGCAUGGAGCCGCUGGAGAAGACAGGACCCGCGGCCAUCUUUGCUCUGGAGUGUUCUCUGAGCAGCAUAGAGGACAAGAACGAUGACAAGUCCAUCACCACCACGUUCGGAGUCAACAGACCGACCAUUUCUUGUUUCUUUGACCGCGGAACCCGCUACCACCUGCGCUGCUACCUGUACCAAGCCAGAGACCUGCUGGCCAUGGACAAAGACAGCUUCUCAGACCCGUACGCCAUUGUGUCGUUCCUCCAUCAGUCCCAGAAAACAGUGACGGUGCGUAACACUCUGAAUCCCACCUGGGACCAGACGCUCAUCUUCUAUGAGGUGGAGAUUUGUGGAGACCCCGAGGCCACGAUGGCCAAUCCGCCCAACGUGGUGGUGGAACUUUACGAUCAGGACACAUACGGCGCAGAUGAGUUCAUGGGCCGCUGUGUGUGCCAGCCCACCCUCACCACCUCCCCCCAGCUGGCCUGGUUCCCGAUUCGCCAAGGGGACAAGAACGCCGGCGAGCUGCUGGCCGCCUUCGAACUGAUACGCAGAGAAAAGCCAGCAGUUCAUCAUAUCCCAGGUCAAGAGGGAGACAUCAUGACCUCCACCCACGUUCUAGAUGAGUUGAUGUUUCCAGGAUUCCUCUCUGAAAACCUGCAGCAAUGGCCGGAGGAGUCGGACCUCCCGCACCCGCCCCCUCAGAGAGAGCCCAAUGUCUUCGUGGUUCCUCAGGGAAUCAAACCUGUUCUGCAGAGAACCGCCAUCGAGAUCUUGGCGUGGGGCGUCCGCAACCUGAAGAGUUUCCAGUUGGCGAGCAUCACCUCCCCGAGCCUGCAGGUGGAGUGCGGAGGCGUCAUGGUCCAGAGCUGCGUCAUCCGCAGCAUGAAGAAGAAGCCCAACUUCGACGUCAACAUGCUCAUCCUUGAUGUGAGACUUCCCUGCGAGGAGCUCUACAUGCCGCCAAUCGUCAUCAAAGUCAUCGACAACCGUCAGUUUGGGAGGAAGCCGGUAGUCGGUCAGUGCACCAUCCGGUCGCUGGAGGAGUAUCGGUGCAGCCUGGAGGAGGAACAAGCAACACAGGAAGAGGAAGAGGAGGAAUGGAGACGUGAGACACCCCAGUUAAUUUCUGGGGAUGUUUUCAUUGACAUUGAUGACGAGGAGCCGCUUGUGCCUGACCAGGAAGAGGAGUUCAUGGACUGGUGGAGUAAGUUCUACGCCUCGACCGGAGAGAAAAACAAGUACGGGACGUACCUGGAGAGAGGCUACGACACACUGAAGGUGUAUGACCGGGAGUUAGAGAAGGUGGAAGAUUUCGAUGGUCUCUCAGAUUUCUGUCAGACUUUCAAGCUGUACAGAGGAAAGACUCAGGAUGAAGGAGAAGAUCCUUCAGUGGUGGGAGAGUUCAAGGGUAUGUUCAAGAUCUACCCCCUGCCGGAAGACCCCUCCGCCGCCCCUCCCCCCAGGCAAUUCAGAAAACUUCCUCCAAACGGCAUAGAGGAAUGUCUGGUCCGAGUCUACAUCAUCCAGGCUCAAGGACUGCAGCCCAAAGACACCAAUGGGAAGUGUGACCCCUAUGUAAAGAUCACUCUGGGGAAAAAGACCAUCAACGACCAUGAAAACUACAUCCCCUGUACACUGGACCCUGUCUUUGGAAAGAUGUUCGAGCUCACCUGUUCGCUCCCUCUGGAGAAGGACCUCCGCGUGAUGCUGUACGACCACGACAUGCUCACCAAAGACGAGAAGAUCGGAGAGACGGUGAUCGACCUGGAGAACCGCUUCCUGUCCAAAUAUGGAGCCAUGUGUGGCCUGCCGCAGUCCUACUGCGUGUCAGGGGUAAACCAGUGGCGAGACCAGCUGACACCCAGGCAGCUGCUGCACAAAGUGUGCGAGCGACGAAACCUGCGAAAGCCCGUCUACCAAGACGACGUGGUCCACUUCAGAGGGGACCAGUACACCGCUGCAGACCUUGAGGACAAAAACAUGUCCAAACGUCAUCUCGGUCCAAUUAAGGAGCGACUGGCCCUCCUCAUCUUGAGGAAGAUGGGGUUUGUACCUGAACACGUGGAGACCAGAGCGCUGUACAGCCCACUGCAGCCCGACAUCCAGCAGGGCCGUCUGAUGAUGUGGGUGGACCUGUUCCCCAAGUCGCUGGGACUGCCUGGACCCCCGUUCAAUGUCACCCCACGCAAGGCUAAGAAGUUCUUCCUGCGCUGCAUCAUCUGGAACACCAGUGAUGUCAUCCUGGAUGAUGUCAGUCUCACCGGGGAGAAAAUGAGUGACAUCUAUGUUAAGAGCUGGCUCGACGGACACGAACACAACAAGCAGAAGACCGACGUCCACUACCGCUCACUGGGCGGAGAGGGAAACUUCAACUACAGAUUCCUGUUUCCUUUCCACUACUUACCUGCUGAGCAGCUCUGUGUCGUCGACAGGAAGGAACAUUUCUGGAGUCUGGAUAAAGCUGAGACCAAACUGCCUCCUAAACUGACCAUCCAGAUCUGGGACAAUGACAAGUUCUCCUUCGACGACUACCUCGGUCACCUCGUGAUGGACCUGAACCACAUGCUGCGCCCCGCCAAGUCUGCAGAGAAAUGUAACCUGCAGCUGCUGGAGCAGCCGGCGGACAAACUGGUGUCUCUGUUCGAGCAGAAGACCGUCAAAGGAUGGUGGCCCUGCACCUGCGAGCAAAACGGAGAGAAGAUCCUCGCUGGGAAGGUGGAGAUGUCUCUGGAGAUCGUGACGGAGCAGGAGCAAGAGGAGAGACCGGCUGGACUCGGCAGAGACGAACCCAACAUGAACCCUCACCUGGAGGAGCCUCAGCGCCCAGAGACCUCCUUCCUGUGGUUCUCCUCCCCCUAUAAGACUCUCAAGUUCAUCCUUUGGAGGCGGUUCAAGUGGUUCAUCAUCCUCUUCAUCAUUCUCUUUUUCAUCUUGCUCUUCCUUGGUGUCUUCCUCUACUCCUUCCCGAACUACGCUGCCAUGAAGAUGGUGGGACCUUUCGGACCGGCCAAGGCAGCAGAGUGACGACAGAGGAGAGACGAGGAAAGUGGAGAGAAUAAACAGAAGAAAGAAAACGAGCUGAAGAACAACGUUUAUACAAGUGAAAUGAGGCUGAAUUUAACACGUUUUCAUGCCAUUCUUCUUCCUUUCCCCGAGUCUUUAAAACAUCUUGCUAAAGUUGGGAGCGAAAACUGCAGUGAUGAACUCGUGAACUUUCGUCUGACUGUUCCAGAUAAGUUUACACUCUCUUUUGUACAGAUAGACCUGAUUAGCAAUAGUGCCUGAGGUUCACAAACACCUCCGACACGACGAGCGAGUAUGUUUUCCAUUUGUGCCUUCACCGUCUCCCCUCUCAUCACAAACGCCGCAUUACUGUACCGAACGUUCUCAUCAGAUCUCAGCAUGUUUCGCCCGCGUCCUCGUCGUCCCUCCGUCUCCUCCGCCUCCUCCGCCCUCACGCUGAGAAGAAGGGGAAUAAAAGCUUGUCGCCAAACGUUGCCAUGUUCGGGAGAAAGGAAAAAAAAACAGAAUCAAAGAUUGUGAUGUUGUUGCCUGAUCUUUUCACCACCUGCUGUUUCCCCCCCGGCGGCGCUGAGGCACAGUCAGGUCAGGCAGCGGUGACUGAACGGCUUCAAACCGUCAAACUUUUAUCGUCUAAAGAUUCAGUGUUUAUGAAGAAGAAGCUUAAAAACAAUGGUGAUCCUAUUCUCUGUACAGUAUGACAUCAUUUCUACAUGUGCUGCCUUCAAGUGCAAUCAGAAAAGUCGUUAAAUGUACAACUUGAUAUCUUAUGUUAUCUGCUUUAUUGUCUUAUCUGCUUUGUCUCAGAAGUUACCAGUUUAAAUAUAGCGUUUAAAAAUCCAAGCUGCGUUCACAAUCACCUCCUCACAUGUACAUGUUUAACCUCCACGCUGUAAAAUUACUUCCUGCUUCUCUUCUUCCCUUUCCUCUUUCUCCUCAGCCUCACCUUUUUUUCCUCCUACUUUGCUGCCCCUCCAUGUCCUUUUCCUCCCUUCCCAUUCCCCUCCUUCCUUUUAAACCUCCUCCUCUUCUUCUCCUUUGCUACCCUUCGUCUAUCCUCCUUUAUCUCAUUGUGCUCUUCCUCUUCUUCUCCCCAGUCUCCUUUCCUUCCUGUUUCCCCUCCCCGUUUCCUUUUCAUCCUCAUUUCCUCCUCCUUUGCUUUCCCUCCACUUAGUUUUCCUCCUGUUCCUCCUCCUCUUCUUCCCUUAUCUUCCUUUUUAUCCUCCUCUCUCCUUUGCUCCUCCAUCAUCCUUCACCUCAUUAUGUUCUUCCUCCUCUUCUCCCAAGUCUUGACUCCUUCCAUGUCCUUUUCCUCCGUCCUUCCUGUUCCCUUACUUCCUUUUUAGCCUCCUCCUCCUCUUCUCCUUUGCUUCCUUUCUUCCAUCCUCCUUUAUAUCAUUAUGUUCUUUCUCCUCUUUUCUCAGCGUCUUCUUACUUCUUCUUUCGCUCCUGUUCUUCCUCCUUUCUUUUAUCUUCCUCCUCCUCUUCUCAUCAGCCUUACCAUAUCCCUGUUUUUAGCCCUUCAGAUUUUUUCUUCUCCUCUUCCUCCUCAUUGCCUCCUCCUCCUCCUUUCCUGACUCCUAUUGUUCUUCCUCCUCUUCUCCCCAUCCUCUCACUUCUCCACUUUUCCUUUCUUUUAUCCUCAUUUCCUCCUCCUUUGCUUUCCCGCCACUUAAUUUUCCUCCUCUUCUUCCUCUGUUUCUCCCCCGCCUCGUCUUCUACCUCCCCCUGUUCCUCCUUCCAUCCUUUUUGUCCUCACCCCCCUCAUUUUCUCCUCCUCUUCUCCCUUGCGUCCUUUCUUCUGUCCUCCUUUAUCUUAUUAUAUCUUCUUCCCAUCUUCCCUUUUUUUUCUCCUCCUCUUCAUUUCCUCCUUUCCCUUUCGGUCUCCUUAACUUCUUUGUCCUGCUUUAAAUUAUUUCUCCUCCCCCCUUCAUUCCUUUCUUCUUUCCCUCCAUCUCUCCCUACACUUCUUUCACCUCCUGCAUUAACCUCCUCUCCUUCCCAUCCUCCUUUUUCCCUCCUCCUCCUCUGCCACCUUCUCAGUUUUUCCUCUCCUUCAUUUUCAUCCUCCUCCUUUCUUCUGCCGUUCCUCCUCUUUUUCAUUCCUCCUUUAUCUUUGCGUCUCCCCAACUUCCUUGUCCUGCUUAAAAUUAUAUCUUCCUCCUUCUUCACCUCCCCUUCAUGCCUUUCCUACUCUCCUCCCUCUGUUUUUGCAUCUCCUUCUCCAUUUCUCUUUCCCACUGCAUAAAACUUCUCCUCCCUCCGUUUCCACUUCAUACUCCAUUUUUUCCUCCUCUUCACCUUCAUCCUCCUUUUCUCCCUUCUGCCUUUUGCAUCCUCCUGCGUGUCAUUGUGUUAUUCAUCCUCUUUGUCGUCCUCUCAUGUCCUCCUUCCUCGUUUCCUCCUUUUCCUUUGCUUCUCUCCGGUCAUUCUUUUCUUACUUCCCUUCUUCUCCUCUUGCUCAAACUCUGUCUGCCGUCCUCUUCUCCCCAUCUUUCUUCUUGUUUUUUCCUCCUCCUCCUCCUCCUCCUCUUCUUCCUUCUCCUUUUUGUGUCCACCUGCAUUCCACUGUGUUCCUUCUCCUCUUCUUCAUCCUCCAUCGCCUCCUUUCUUUUUCCUUUGAGUCUACCUAAUUUCCUUGUCCUGGCUAAAGUUUUCUUCCUCCUUCUUUCCUUCCCUUUACUCUUACUUCCCUCCUUCUCUUGCUUCUCCUUAUUCAUUUCUGCCUCCUCUUUCCUCCCCUUCACCUCCACCCUCGUCAUCUUCCCUCUGCUCUUUGCGCCCAGUCUUUCAGCACUCUCAGGGUUCAGCAUGUUAAGUCAGGGAUUUGCUCUUGUUGAUCUCGGCGGUGGUUUAAGCUUUGAAAGUUUGUUUUAGACAGAUGGAUGUGCGCAGAUAAGGACGACACACACAUGCACACACACACUAAGACACACACAAAGUCCGAACAGGAAAGGUUAGAGGAGAGGGACUAAUCCGCCCAAGAUCUUACAGGAUUUCCUGAAGUACGUUUAUGAGCUCAUAAGUGUGUUUUUUGAAACUGAACACAAACAAAAGAGAUAUUUAACUCCACUCUCUUCUUCUCUUGUUUAAUUCUGCAUCUUCUCAGUGGUUCCCUCUAAAGUCCAAAGGCUGGGUGCGAUCACGUGUCCGUUUGUUAGUUUGCUUUGGUCCGCACCGGAGUGGAAAAGUUGACUUUGUCCCGUUUGGUUCGUUUGGGUUUCACACCAGCCAAUUACGAGCCAACCGGGCCUUGUAAACAAAAGUCACAAGCUCAUUUAUUGGACAGCGAGUUGGUCGUCCCGGCCAGGUCAGAGAGGGUUUACCUCCAGCUCCGCUAACCUCAGCAUAUAUCACAGUAAUUAACCUUUGAAAAUCACUUAACAGCACAUUGAAUCUGAGCACCGGUCCAGACUUUUACUCCAGAAUCCCGUUCGUUCGGCCCAGCUUUCCAAACACGAGCAACUUGCUUGCUAUCAGAUGUCAACAUUUGUCUCCUUGUGCCCAUAAAGUCAGGCAUUGUGAGUUGUUUCCUGCAGAGCUGAGACCGCUGUGCUGCUCCUGAGAAACCACUGGGCAGUUUGCUUGGAGGUGGGCAGAGACCAGUCAGUGCCAGUGUAGUUCAGAUGGGUUAGAAACAAACUAAAUGCAAAGACUGAAAGAAAGGAAAGCUCAUUGAGGUGCAUUUUAUUCAUUGGCAGAACACUAAAAAGCAUCAAGGCACUCCUGAGUUAAAUCAGGAGUGCCUUGACUGUAUUCUAGUGAUUUAGUGACACUACAUUGGUCUAGUUUGAAUCAUGUUCAUUUUCUACGCACCAUUUGGCUUCCCUGUUUGAAUGUAAGCAUUUCUUACUGCCUACUGGAUCCGGCUGUGAUAAUCUUCUACCAUUCUGCAGAGCCUACGCACAGGGCCUACGCCAUUGUGAGCAUUUAUACUUGUGGGGUGGUGUGUCUGUGUCACUCUGCAGUUACACCUCCAAUACACUAGUUGGCGGCAAAGGUUUCUGUGAAGUGCUGUGAAGUUAAGUUGAUUCAAAACAUUAAACAUGGCUUAAUAGAGACAAUUUCAAACACAAGUACACAAAUCAGCUUCACUAUAAAGGCCAAAACACACCGGCACCGUAUGACGCGUGUCAAAACAGCCGCCCCUAUUAUUUUCUAUUUACAAACCCACACCGGCGGCGGCUCGACGUGCGUCAACGUGCUGCGCUGCGGCACUUUACGCUAUUGUCCUAUUUUUCCAGCAUCGCCGCCCUUGAAAAAGCGCUAUUUUGUACUUCCCAGCUCCCAUAGUUAAUUAAUAACAUAAAGACAACUACAAUAAGCAACGUACCGUUGUUGUCUAGUUGUCAUGGUCAUCCUGCAUUGUGUGUUUUCUUCUUGUGCCCCGUCUUCUUCCUCGUCUUUUGUUCUAAUUGGCGGUUGGCAACCAGUACCAUGGCCUAGCAGACUGGAGUGUGCAAUAGAAAUCCAGUUGACGCCCCGCAGCACGACGCUUUUUGUGUGUGUUGGGGGCGGCACUUGACUCUCGUCAAUGACACCGCCGUCAUAUGACGCCGCCGGUGUGGUUUGGCCUUAACUCGCAGCAUUCACAGACAAACACUUGUCUUUAUCUGGACACAUUUUCCAACCAAAUACAACAUGCUAACGUUAUUAGUACAAGCCUAUGGCAUUUUACAUUGUAUAAAUUAGCCUAGCAGCUAGCAGCAACAUUUAACAAAGGUAACAUUACAAAUUUGGCUCCAUUACAACUCACAAGGUUCACCGACAAAACAACUGUCUUAUACUAAACACGUUUUCCAAACAAAUACAACAUGCUAACAUUAUUAGCACAAGCCUAUGGCAUUUUACAUUGUAUAAAUUAGCCUUAAUAAAGACUUAAUAAAAGCUUUGUUUCCACUGAGGGAAAUGGUUUCAGCUUACAGAAACAGACAGGAGGUCUGCGUCACCGUGACGUGUAGUUACAUUUCUGGGGAGGUGCACGUCAGGCUGCGGUGUAGGAGACGGCGUAGUCUCUACGUCAGCGCAGAGCCUGCGUCUUAGGUACAGCGUUGAUUUGAUGCAGAAGUAUAAAUCCCGUAUUACAAGGAUGAAGAUAGAGAUCCAAAUUAAGAAAACCUAAGACAACAUAAGAAAAAGAAAGUCUCAGAAGCAAGACUUUGACAUCCACUACAUCUGUUACCAUCUGUUAUCAUCUAACUGCACUAAAAACGUGUAAUUAUGCUUGUAGAAACUAUGCUAAAUUUUAAAUGCUUCUUUUCGCUCCUAAAGUGCUUCCAUUGAACUCUCAAACAGCGACAGAGCUGAGUAGCGCAACCAGAACAUGACGCAGCCGGAUCCUGUGGGCACUGGCAGUUAGACACAACAAAGCUGGCUGUGAGACACUAAAAUCUGUUUUGAAAUAAGUUGUUUGAAGCAUUUGAUAGAUUUUAUUUUACUAUCACUGUUAUUAGUGUUCGUACUUUAGGAUAUUUAGCUGUUGUUGGGUGAAUGGUUGGGUUUUUCUGCUUGGCGUUCUUUGGUUCAGGCCACGUCUCUGCCAAAAAUACGGGAUUUCAGUCAGGACCACUUUAGCCAAAGAACACUUUAUUUUCAUUUGCAGGAUUAUAUUUGGCGGUAUGGCUCUGUUCUGGGGCCCCUCUGCCUUUCCUCAGGCCUAUGCAGAAAGCUUAAUACGGAGAGAGCACUCCUUUCUGCCCUUCCAUGCGCCUACGCAGAAAGAUGCAGGUGGAGAGAGCACACCUGUCUGCCCUUCCACAUGCAAACAAAGUAAACCUAAGGCAGAGAGAGCACACCUCUCUGCCCUUCCAUGUGCAUACAUGGAAAACCUAAGGUAGGGAGUGCAGCAGCAAAGAUCCCACGGGAACAGAACAGAGCAGCAUCAAUGAUAAGUCAGACACAGCAUGAAAAGGAGGAGCUGGGGUGGAGGUGGGUUGCAAAGCAGCUUGCAGAGGAAGCAGCAACAGUAGGCAGCCAGAGCAGUUUAAAUAGGGCGCCCUGAAUGAGAUUCACCAAGUCGUUGCAUAGAAAGGAAUCAUGUGAUCUAUCAGCUGACUCCCCUCGUCAGUUGAUUGGGCUGUUUGAGAUCAGCUGAUGUAGCUGGGAUGUGAGCUGAGCAUGACAUCGUGUCCUGCCUGAACUGACGCUGUGCUCAGUUUGUGAUUCUUCAAGCUGUUUACAUGAAGAAAUAACCUUGAAGUUUGAGUGAAGACUGAAAUUUACCACUUGCUGAAAAUGCGUCUUCAGAUACAAGGCAGAAAAAAUAAAAUAGGUGUCUUCUUCUUCACUUUAGAUGAUACAAAGUGACACAAAAUGGUUCAGCUCGGUCAAGAAUUUGCACGCUGCGCUUGAAUGAAAGCCAACGAGAUACCCGUGAGGACGUGGACGAGAAAAUUGUAUCUAGAUUUAUGUCUGGGUGUUUGCCUGAACAGAUGACAAGUUUAUUGACUUGUGUUAGUGUGUUGAAGUAUCUGCAGUUAUAUAUUUGAAAGAGCUUUAAACGUCCUGCUGAUGUAAACUCACGAAGCCUGAAAAUGGAGAAACCUUAUUUGACAAUCCUGUCAUUAUCAGUGAAAGUGCUCUUUAUUAUUUUAUUCCAAGAUGCCUUCAUACCGCAAAGUAAACAUGAACUCAGCACUGUUUUGCCCCGAUGUUAUCCCUGUCAGUAAAUGUAACGUGCCUUUAGCCUUUAGCUUUGCUGCCUUGACGUAACACUAACCUCAGCAGAGAGAUCGCAAACAACCAAAAUGCUGUUUUUUUAAUAGCUACGACUUCCAGUUGCCUUCAUGAUGCUUGCUGCUGUCUAAAUGAGCAUUCACCUGAAAUUUUUAAUUAAAAUUAGUUGGUUUUUCUUUGGUGGCAAUGCACUGAAUUAAACUGCUUAACUGAUCUCUGAUGGGUUGAAACUUUUAGCUAACUCUCACCUCUGGCCACACCCCAAUCUGUGAUGUCGCUAUAUUAUUUUUCCAUUAGCUGUCAAGGUCAGAAUACCUGCUAUGACAUCACUGAUCGGGGCUUGACCAGCGUUAACGUGUGAUUAUUCUGUGCAAAUUAGCAACACUUGAUUUUCUUUUUCUUGAAGUUUGAAUUCUUGAAACGACUCGUUAAAGGCAUAGUUUGACAUUUUAGGAAAUAUGUUUACUUUAGGGGGCGGCACGGCACUCUCGCCUCACAGCAAGAGGGUUGCCGGUUCGAUCCCGGGCGUGGGAGCCCUUCUGUGCGGAGUUUGCAUGUUCUCCCCGUGGCAGCGUGGGUUCUCUCCGGGCACUCCGGCUUCCUCCCACAGUCCAAAGACAUGCAGAUUGGGGACUAGGUUAAUUGAUAACUCUAAAUUGUCCAUAGGUGUGAAUGUGAGCGUGAAUGAUUGUUUGUCUCUAUGUGUCAGCCCUGCGAUAGUCUGGCGACCUGUCCAGGGUGAACCCUGCCUCUCGCCCAAUGUAGCUGGGAUAGGCUCCAGCCCCCCCGCGACCCUCAAGAGGAUGAAGCGGUUAGAAGAUGAAUGAAUGAAUGUUUACUUUAUUUCAUAGUAUUACAUAUAAUAUUGAUACCACUUUAAUGUCUUUACAUUUCCCGUUAGCUUAGCUUAGCAUAAAGACUUUAGAGCUGCUGGUAGGUGGAUUUUAUUACGUCUGCACAGAAUAGGCAUAUCUCAAAAAAUGUCAAACUAUUCUUCAGGGGAUGAAAAAAAUAAAAUCUCCAAAAUGAAGUUUUUACAUUUGCAAAAAUGCAUGUUUGCAAAUCUUAAAGCCGUUUUUUUUUUUUUUUUUUUUUUUU